AUGUCAUUUGACAGGUUAUCGUCGCUGGAAGCCCAGCCACCAGGCAGACGCCAGUUGGACUCCGAGUAUCACGAUGACCCGGAGUUUCAGCGCUUGACGGACUUCCUCUCCAAUAAACUGUUUACUCUGACAUCGAAUAUCACCCGGCUAUCGAAUCAAAUCUCGCUCCUUGGCACGAAGCGCGAUACAGACCGUGCGCGUGAGAGAGUACAUAACCUCUUAGAAGAGACGAGAGAGGGGUUCCGGGAGGCUGGGGAGGGCGUCAAGAAGAUCCAGACAUGGGACGAUGUUACACCUGCUCAAAAAUGGACCCAAGACAACCUCUCAUCUAAAUUCAAGUCUACGCUCGACGAGUUUCAGGCCGUUCAGCGACGAGCCCUUGAAAAACAACGCGCAUCAACCGCGGCUGCACGAACGGCCAUAGAGGAGUCCACUGCGCCCACCGGUCCCGAGGGUGAAGAGGGCCAAAGUCUACAGCAGCUCCAGGAGCAGCAACCACACCUUGCCUCGCAGGAUGAAGUCGACUUCCAAGAAGCUCUCAUCAUCGAACGUGAAGCCGAGAUUCGAAAUAUUGAACAGAGCGUUGGUGAGCUGAAUGAGCUUUUCCGAGACGUUGGUCAUAUUGUUCAAGAGCAAGGAGGGCAGAUCGAUAUAAUCAGCGAGAACGUAUACAAUACAAGGGAUGAUACGCGAGGAGCAGAUCGAGAACUUCGAACUGCUAGCAGGCAUCAGAAAAAUGCCCGCAACAAGAUGUGCUGUCUCCUGGUUAUCAUGGCAAUAAUCCUCGUUAUUAUCGUGUUGGCAGUUGUACUGGGCUGA